GAGCCAGUAUCUGAGCCGGGAAAAAAGGGCCACACAUGCUGCCGUGCACCGGGACCAUGCAGACCUCCAGGCUGCGGACCAGGGCGCUGCUCUGCGCUCUGCUGCUGUCCGCCGUUGUUGGAGCAGAGAUGUUCGAGUCGGAGUCAGGAGAGGAGCUGAGCCCCAGAGCCCUGCGGGACUUCUACCCCAAAGGUCCGAACCUAACCAGUGAGAAGCAGCUGCUUGGAGCUCUCCAGGAAGUUCUUGAAAAGCUGCAAGCUAAACGACUGCCUCUAUGGGAAAAGAAAUUCGGACAAGUGCCCACGUGUGAUGUCGGGGAGCAGUGCGCGGUGAGGAAGGGCGCUCGGAUCGGCAAGAUGUGCGACUGUCCCCGGGGAGCUUUCUGCAACUUCUUCCUGCUGAAAUGCUUAUGAGAUUCGCCUGAUCUGAAUGUAUACGGGGUCUGAUACGAAACGUUGUUACACCAUUCUUAUGUAAUAUAUACUGCAGUCAAUUUUUUUAAAGAUACAACUAAACAACAGGGUGCACUUUGAAUGACUGACCAACCCUUACGAAAAAGAACUAUAGUAAUCCUAUGGCAUAUUUCAGAAUGAUACUAAACAAAUACCACAGGAAAACUGUUGAGUCUUCAUAGGAGUAUUAUAGUGUAAUUAUAAUGAAAAUACCAUCCAAGAAUCAUACGGUUUUCAUAAGCUCACUCACAUACACACUGUACAUUGUAAGUAGGAAUAUUAUAGUAAUGCUAUAAUAUAGUCACUACAAAAUCAUCUGAGUGCCAUAUCGCUGUAUAAGUCUAUAGUAAUUCGUCUAUAGUCAUUUUAUGGGAAUAUUAUAGUGAUUUUUCAUUUGGGCAAAUCCAACAAUAUCUUUUGAACUUGAACUAUUUUGUUUCAGAUGAAUGUUUGUGUAUGACUCAUAAUAAACUGUCACAUCUUGUUUUGUAAA